UUCUGAUUGGUGAUAUUGUAUCAAGUUUUCGAACAAGAAUCAUGUUGGCCAAUAAAAAACUAGAAAAAUUGCUAAUUGGAGUCUGACAAGAAGAAUUUGUGAACGGACUGAUCAUUCGACGUAAUUAUUACGUCAAAACCUGGUCAAAACAUAGGUUUUUGGCUUGUUUUGAAGCGAUUAUUAAGAUACCGGAGAAAUGGCUGAUGAACCUGGCCGAUCAUCCGAGAACUCAGCAGAGAUGGCGCACGAGAGCGGUGGCGGCGCGGACGGGUCUCCGCAGCACACGCCGUCGCCGCCGCACGCGCCUCGCUUGCCCCUCGCUGACACCAGCUUUCACCAGCAGAUCAUGCAGAAUCAGAACCCAAGAAAGAACCAUAUUGCUGAGCGGGCGAAACAGACAUUAGAGAGUAGUUUCCUGAUGCAAUUAAAGAAACAGCAGCAGCUGCAACAAGAGAUCCUGCUGCAGCACUUCCAGCAGCAGCGGCAGCAGCUCGCGCAGGAACAUGAACAACAGCUGAUGCACCAUUUGAAGUUGUGGGAACAGCAGAAGGCCAUGGAGGAGGCGGCGGCGCGGCGCGAGGCGCGCGAGGCGCUGGAGGCGCGCGAGGCGCGCGAGCGGCACGAGCGGCACGAGCGGGACCGCGCCGACCUACUGCGCAAGAAGGACAAGCACGAGCACAGCGCCAACGCCUCCACCGAGGUCAAGCAGAAGCUGCAGCAAUUCUUAAAAAAGAAACAAGCUAGUGCAAAUGGAACAGUACCUGGUUCAUCAUAUAGAAAUUGGGGCAUAGUGAAGUCGUCGUCGGGCGAGUCCAUCACGUCGACGGGCGCGACGGCCACACACCCGUACCGCCUGGCGGCGCCGCUGCCGCUGGCGCUCAACGCCGCGCCGCCGCAGCCCUCGCCCGACUACCCGCUCCGGAAGACUGCGUCGGAGCCCAACAUGCUGAAGGUGCGGCUGAAGGCGCGCGUCAUCGAGCGCCGCGCCUCGCCGCUCGCGCGCCGCCCCUUCAAGACGCGCGUCAAGCAUCGCAAUUGCGAUGGGAGCUCACCACGCGGCUCCCCCCCGGGGGGAGCAGGUGUAGGGGCGGGGGGCGCGGGGGCCACGGCGCCCAUCCGGGAGGAGGAGGAGGGCUGCGGGCGCGCGGCGGACCUGUUGUUCUCGUCGCCGUCCAUGCCCAACAUCAGCCUGGGCCGGCCGCACGUGCCCGCGCCGCGCCUGGCGCCGCCGCCGCCGCUGGCGGUGCUGCCGCCGGUGUCGGAGGCGGAGGGCUGGGCGGCGCUGGGCGGCCGUCUGGCCAAGCGCCCGCUGGGCCGCACGCACUCCGCGCCGCUCCCGCUCGGGGACCCGGCGCUCACGCCGCCCUCCGCGCACCACUACCUGCGCGACCAGAUACGAAAGACUGUGCUGACGCGCGCGCACGACGCGGCCGCCGCGCAGCUGCGCGAGGAGGAGGGCGAGGUCAUCGACCUGACGGCGCGGCGCGCCCCCGCGGCGGCCGCGCCCCCCGCGCCCGUGCGAGCCGAGGCGCCGCUGGCGCGCGCGCUGAGCUCGCCGCUGGUGGGCGCGCGCACGCCGGCCACGGGGCUGGCCUACGACGCGCUCAUGCUGAAGCACGGCUGCGCCUGCGGGGCGCACGCGCCCACGCACCCCGAGCACGGCGGCCGGCUGCAGUCCGUCUGGGCGCGCCUGUGCGAGACCGGGCUCGUGGCGCGCGCCGAGCGGACGCGGCCCAGGAAGGCCACCUUCGAGGAACUGCAGUCGGUGCACUCGGAGGCGCACGUGGGCGUGUUCGGCGGGCGCGGCGCGGGCGGCGCGCUGGGCGGCGUGCGCCAGCUGGUGCGGCUGGCGUGCGGCGGGCUGGGCGUGGACUCGGACACGGCCUGGUCGGACGCGCACACGCCGGCGGCGGCGCGCGCGGCGGCCGGCGCCGUGCUGGACCUGGCCGUGCGCACGGCCAAGGGCGAGCUGCGCAACGGGUUCGCCGUGGUGCGCCCGCCCGGCCACCACGCCGAGCCCAACCAGGCCAUGGGCUUCUGCUUCUUCAACUCCGUCGCCAUCGCAGCCCGCAUCCUGCACACGCGGCACCGCCUGCAGAGGAUACUCAUCGUCGACUGGGACGUGCACCACGGUAACGGCACGCAACAGAUCUUCUACUCCGACCCUCACGUGUUGUACAUGAGCAUCCACCGGCACGACGACGGCAACUUCUUCCCCGGCACCGGCGCCGCCAGCGAGGCCGGCGCCGGGCCCGGGCUCGGGUACACCGUCAACGUGGCCUGGUGCGGGGGAACUAACCCUCCGCUAGCUGACGCAGAGUACCUCGCCGCCUUCCGCUCCGUCAUUAUGCCCAUUGCCAAGGAGUACGACCCCGAGAUCGUGCUGGUGUCGUGCGGGUUCGACGCGGCGGCCGGGCACCCCGCGCCGCUGGGCGGGUACAACGUGUCGGCGGCGUGCUUCGCGCACAUGACGCGCGAGCUGCAGCAGCUGGCGGGCGGCCGCGUGGUGCUGGCGCUGGAGGGCGGCUACGACCUGCCCGCCAUGUGCGACGCGGCCCAGGAGUGCGUGCGCGCGCUGCUGGGCGAGCGCGGCGCGAUCUGCGGACAGCUCCCGCUCGGUGUCGGAGGAGCCGAUGGAGCAGGACGAGGGCAAGUGAGCGGGCGGGGGCCCGGGGCUGGGGGCUGGGCCCCCGCCGGGGACACUUCAACAUUCCGGUUCCGGUAG